AAGAGAGAAGAACCUUGCUGUGUCCAUCCCGUGCUGGGCUCAGGCAGCAGAACAACUGGUUAGACAUCUUUGAGGAGUUGCUUUUCUGGGGUAGAUCCUCUGGUAUGGGAGGAGGGCAAGCCUUGCUUCUGCCUCAGGAGGACUGAGGCUGAGGUAUGGAGAGAUGGGGAAAGAUAGGACUGGAAGGAAAUUCCCAUGUAGCCCCUGAGCAAAGCAGCCCAGAAGACUCCCAAAGAAGAGAACUGUAACCAUCUCUCUUAAUCCUCCAAUGGUGCACAUGGGACCUCCUCUAGUUCCAGGUUCCUGGACUUCGGGAAGCCCAUCUGGGCUCUUGAGUGACCAGCCACAGUGGGUUAGAUGCAAGAAAAGAUCUAGAGCAGCCCCAAGGGCAAUCUGGUAGUGACAUCUGUUCCCCAGCUGUGCUGAGAGCUGGUGGCUCCUGCCCAUGUGCUGCCCCAUCAUCCUUCUUAUCCUAUCUAGCUUCACUGGCCAGUCCUAGGGUUGUGGAAUAGAACUCCACACACUCUCCCCUGAAGGCAGCCAGGACCAGGGAACUGAGGGCUCCACAGGGAGCAGCCAAAGACCUGGAGCAUUGGAAAUAUUUCUGUGGCUCCGUGGAAGGGAUUUUCAUGAGGUUUAGGAGUGCAGGCACAGGUUGCCAGAGGCUGCGGUUUGAACCAGAAGCUGGGGCCCCAUUUCCCUUGGUGGAGCUCAGAAGGGGCAGGGAUGUUCAAAUUUAUCCCACUCGUAACCCUGUCAGCCCUGAUCAUGCCCCUGGCCUCCCCUCCCUCGUGGACUUCUCUGAUUUGCUUUAGCUGGACUCUUAAGCCUCUCCUGGGGGCGGGACCAGUCACUCUGAGCAGCAUAAAGCCCCCAGCAGAUGGGUGUGGUGUGAGCACAGCCCGGGCAUGGCCCUCUGGCUUGUUGCCCUCUGCCAGCUCCACGGCCAGCCCCAUGGAGCCAUCUUCAGCAGCCCCGCCUGCAGACCGUGCCAGUGAGUUGGGUCCCCACCGGAGAAAGAGGACCACCUUCAGCAUUGGGCAGCUGCUGGAGCUGGAGCGGGUGUUUGCAGCAUGGCCCUACCCUGAUAUCGGCACUCGAGAGCACCUGGCCAGGGUCACCUGCCUGCCUGAGGCCAAGAUACAGGUAUGGUUCCAGAACCGCAGGGCCAAGAGAAUCAAGCACAGGAAGCCAGGAGGACUCGAUUCCAGGCCUGAAUGUCCCCAGAAGUGCCACUCUCUUCCACACACACCCCAGCAGCCCUGGGAGCCCCAAAUGGUGGGCCAGCCUCUACCUGCCACCACCACAGCUCACCGCACCUCAGCGUGUCUGCAGGCUUCCUGUAAAGCUCCCAUCUGGGGUCUAGGGCAGGGCUGGACAGGGGCUAAAGUUGCAGCCCCAUGGGGACCAGCUGGGGUUCCAGGAGUCCACCCUUCUUUGGAGGUAGCUACUCCUCAGACCUCACUGGGCAGCCUGUCUGACCUUAUUUAUGCCUCAGCCAUUGUCACCAAUGUGGAUCACUCUUAACCCAGAGGCAGAAUUUGUAAGAUCCCUCCUCCUUUGGCUCUUGUAUCCCACCUCUGUUUACACAAAGGAGUUUUCUAAUACGAAUUUAGCUCCCUUUCACUGACCUCCAGGCCAGUGCAGGUGCAGGUCUCCUGCAGUGACUGGGGUUUGGCUCCUGCUACCUGGCACCCUAGCCUUUCCUGAGGUAGAUGCCCAGUGUCUUGGUAGGAGUCUAUGUUACCCCCUCCACUGUCACAUCUGGUUCCCGAUUCUCAUCCCAGGUGACCUCGCUCUAAAAAGGGGACAGCCACUGUUUGAUGAGGGCCAUUUAGGCCAUUACCUAACUAACUGCUAAGCAAGCAGGAGACAAGAGUGCUGCUCCAAAUCUGAAUUGCUGGGGACCCACGCUUAUGGUUCAGGGGCCCCUCUCCUGACCACCUGCUGCCUGGACAAUUAAUUUCUAUGGUUCUGAAGGGGGAGUGAUAUGAAAGCAAUAAAGUAGAAACAGGAGCUGGGGCUUAGGGUGGUUUAAUUUUCACAAAGAUCAUAUUGGCUGUCCUCUGAUGUGGGCCUAUGGGGACCCGACAGAUUUAGGGUGGAGGGGGUACACCAACAAUGGGUCUUGGUAUCCUCAUCUGUAUGUAAUACCAACUAAUCUCCAAAUAAAACCUUAACUCUG